CCUGUAGGCCAGCCCAACAGACAGCAGAACGAUGUGUUGUUAAGUCACACGAAGUCGACAACUGGGCAGGAUGUCUCUGAUACCACUUCUGCCCAUGCUAUUGCUACCAGCGGGCACAAUGCCUCAUCAUCUACAAGCACCAACAUUGCCAGUAGCAGUAGCAAUGUAGCUGGGCAAACUAAUCCUGUUGUCUCAACUACCCCUAGUGGUGGUGGAGUCAUUGGCAACGGUGGUAAUAAUAGUGGAUCAGAGCGAAAGGUCCUUGGUUCUGUUGCAACGUCGGCUUGCACCAAAAGCAACUCGAAUCCUCAACCCAUCUCAGGUCAGAUCCCCGCAGCUAACACCUCCACCUCGGGUUCAAGCGCCUCUGAGUCGACGAACCAGGGCAAUCCGACAGUCAAUUGUUGA